AUGGGGUUCGGCAACGGCGUCAGUUGCGGAAUCAUUCGCGCUCACGGAGAAAGGCAGCCUACAGCCGUCGCUAUCAAAUCUGUGAAGCCAUCCCCGAGGCCAGUCCUUGUGCCCUCCCAUCGUGUACCGGCUAAAUCCAUGGGACUCAACAUUCACGCCACGGCCAUCAUCAACCAAGCCCACUUUUGGACGGGCAGGGCGAAUAACAAGGCCAACAUAAAGCGUAACGCAACUCCCGCUGGCCAAAAUACUACCGAAGAGAAGGUCAAGGUCGUACUCUCUAGUGGUACCGGUUUAGUCGAAUCCGACUCAAACCCGGACUCAUACUCAUCGCGCGAGGCUACUCCGCCGUACACCCUACCUUCGCAGAGAGUAGGCCCAACCAAGUCCAGGGCCAAUUCUGGUGCCUCUGCGAACGGCAUGCUUACUUCAAGCAAGUGGGUCAACUUACCUUCCGAUUCGCCAAAGAUCGCCCAGAUUGAGGUCAACGCGGAUGUUAAGAUUGAGACGAAGUUUACUUUUGUGGAGCCCUUGACUCCAGCCAACUAUCUAUCGUCCGUAUCAGCAGACGGUUUGCCGCUCUGGGAUGACGACCAAGACUCUGAACCCGAAGAAUCCGAACCAAUACCGCACUAUCCUACUAAGGCCGUCGUUAUGUUCUACUACGAGCAAGGAGGUCAAAAAGGUCGCAAGUUCUCACAGCCUUCGAAGAUCGUGAGUGACUCUACUCACUUGCUCGACAAGGUCGCCGAUCCCGAGGAAUACUUUAAGUGGAAGGCAGCGUAUAAGGACAGUCCUCUUGGCCCUAAAGAGUACUGGGAUAUCGUUUCGUACCACGAACAUGCGCACCAGAAGAGAGCUUUGACACUCUGA